AUGAAGCGCACAGCCAGUGACGCACAGCUCAGCUGCAACACGCCCGGCUGGGCUGACGCAUCUGCAGACCGGCGCCAGCGCACUGGCAGCAUGGCCCCCAUCUUGGUCAAAGAGGAGCCCCUCAGCACAGGUGCCGGCCCCCACGCCACCGCCUACCACGCCGCCGUCACCCACCCCGCCUUCUCCAGCGAGCAGCUCCUGGGCCUGCCCGCCGUCACCAUGAACUCGCAGCCGGCCCAGUGGCACCACCACCAAUCGGCCACCCACAGGGCCUGGCACUGCACCCACCCGGCACACGGCCCCGAGGCGCCGGUGCCGGGCGCCCUGGCUCGUGCCGAGCCCGGGCCCAGCCCGGCUGUGGCGGACGCCAACAGGCGCGCAGCGGCCACGUUCCAGUACCUCCAGACCUACCUGCUGGCCGCCCCUGCAGGCAGCCGGCAGCGGAUGGUGGCGAUGGCGGGCGCACAGCGUCUUUGGCAAGAGCAGAGCGCCGCUCGGCAGGCGGCGCAGGAGCAGGAGGCGCGGCUCGCCCAGCAGCAGCAGCAGCAGCAGCAGCAGCAGCAGCAGCAGCAGCAGCGCGUGCAGGAGGCGCAGUGGAUGCAGCAGGCCCAGCACGCGGCCCAGCAGCAGGCUGUUGCGCAGCAGGCACAGCAGGCACAGCAGGCGCACGCGGUCCAGCAGGCGGCCGCUCACCAGGCUGCCGUUCAACGCGCGGCCAACCAGCACACCCAGUGGGGGCAAGAGGCCGCUCAACAGACCACUACUCAGUGUGCGGCAGCGCAGCCGUCCGCCGCCCAGCAGGGGGCUCAGCAGGCCCGGCACGACCAUCAUCACGGCGGCGACAGCAGCGCCCAAGUCCGCCCCGACUGGGUGGGGGCGCGCGUGGACUACCAGGCGGUCCUGUCCAGUGGCCCCCUGGUGCACCACCACCUGGCAACCCUGGAGGCGGCGUGGGGCGUUGUCGCGGCGCCGCAGGAGGGCGCGCGCUGGGCGUGGAUGGGGGCCGACCGCGUUGAGGGCGAGUCCGGGUGGGCGGCCUUCGACGCGGCCGACAUCUACCAGGGAACCGACCCCGUCGGGGCAGGUGGCUUAACGUAUGAGGCCGUCAACAACGCCGUGAUGCGCAGCAAGGCGCGCGCUGCGCGCUGCGCGGCAGUGCCUCACGAGCGCGUGUGUGUGGAGCGCGUGGCGGAGGCGCUGCAGGAGUUCAACCACCGCCAGGUCGUCACCAACCAGGCGUUCUUCUUCUACGGCGACGCGUCAGCCAUGAUGCACAUGAGCGAGGUGGAUGCGCUGUUCAGGGUGCGCGCACUCCACAGGGCAACAUGUGCCUUCUGCGGUGAGGUCCCUGGCGCACACUCAGGCCCCCGGCGUGCCUUUGGGCGCCCAGCAAUGUUUGGCGCCGCCGCCAACCGGGAGUUCUACUUCACGGCGGCCGCUGAGCGCGUGAGGGUCGCCGGCUCCCCGCUCGGUGCGCUGGAGGGGCUGUCCCACUGGGGCUGCGGCGAGCACCCCUGCGGCAAGCUGUGUCAGCGCUGCAUGGCGGUGCUGCUGGACGAGGCCGUUGGCGGUGUGCUGCUGCCGGGGCGCGACCCGCACGCUGGGGCUCAGCCGGUGCCGGCGCCGGCGCCGGCGCCAGCGGCUGCACCCGUGUCGCCGCCCUCACCAUCAUGGCCCAAGGCCGCGGGUCCCACGGCAGCAGCAUGCGCGGCGGCAGAGGCGGCGGUGGUCGCGGCGGCGGCGGUGGCGGCGGCGGCGGAGGCGCCCGCACCGGUGCAGGCGCUGGCAGGUGGAGCCUUUGACAAUGGUGACUGGCGCCCGGCGGCGGCAGAGGCGCUCCAGGCGAGCGGCGCGUAUGAGCAGGAGGGGUCCGAGGAGGCGGUGUUCGGGGACGAGGGUUGGCAGCAGGACUGGGCCGAUGACGGCGCUGUCGAGUACGAGGGCGGUUAUGACGACGGCGGUUGCGAUCUGGCAUAUGACUACUGUGGGGAUUUCGAUUACGACGGCGGCUGGGAAUUUGACUCAGUUGGGGGUGGCGACUGGUGCGAGUACUAG